ACCGAACUAGAUUGGUGCACGCCCAUGGAAUGAGGCAAUCAGUUUGUUAUCGUUUAUGGAAUCUACCACAGAAAAAAAAGUUAGAAACAGCGAAGAAAGAUGGGAGAGAUGAGACUAGUUGCAGCUCUCUGCUUUUUUCUCACUGCAUUUACGGUACUAGUGGAGGCAAGGUAUCAAUUUAAAGUUGGAAUACUCAGCUUUCAAAAUCCCUCGAAUACGGAUUCAAAUGGACUGAGCUGUGAUAUCGGGGAGACCACUUGCGAGUAUACAUUUCGUUUCUGCUUGAGCCCGGUACCAGGAAAUGUUAACUGUGUCCUGGGAAGCACUAUCACUGGGUCCAGUUAUAUAGUGGGAUCUCCACAUACAUUCACCCUAGGACAACCACUCAUACCCAAUACAGCCUUUUCAAACCCUAUCGUCUAUAGAGCUACAGAUGUGAUAUCCAGUGGUGCCAUCCCAUGGACUAUUAACUAUGACUUUAGGAUUCAGAUCGAGGAUUACGACGUUAUUUCCAACGAUCUUGUCGACCGAAUUAUUUUACAAAGUUCAAUACGUCCAUCAGACGGUCUAGUAGACGCUACUUACACGGGAACUUUCAACAAGGUCUCCAUGAGAGUGCAGCUGCAAGUGGUGUGUUUGGACAAUUUCUAUGGAGAUAACUGUUUCACAGAAUGUGUCCCAAGUAAUGACGCAACUGGUUACUAUAGCUGCGAUAAUGAUGGGAACAGAGUGUGUUUGGAUGGCUACACCGGCUUGCCAAACUGUCUUGAUAAUAGCUGCUCUCCUGCUUGUGUCAAUGGUGACUGCAUUGGGCCCAACACUUGCAGCUGUUCUAUUGGUUGGACUGGCACUGCCUGUGACGUGUGCAUACUUGAUCAAAAUUGUCCUGCUGAUCGAGCCACCUGUACUGUACCCGGAGAGUGUGAAUGUAUCCAAGGUUACUCGGGACUUCUGUGUCAGAAUGACGAUGAUGUAUGUGGACACACCUCGCCCUGUGCCAACGAUGCCACUUGUAACAAUGCCGGCUCCAAUGACUACACCUGCACGUGCCCCUCAGGCUAUACCGGAGACACCUGUUCAGAGGAAGUGGAUGCAUGUGUCGUUGAUGCUGAUGCACCACUACCUUGUCAGAAUGGAGGAACUUGUACGGCCACUGGUCCAGGCACAUUCAACUGCACCUGUAUGACAGGCUGGACUGGCUCUACCUGCAACACCAACAUCAAUGAAUGCUCUCCCACUCCUCCCUGUGUACAAGGCAGCUGCACUGACUGCACACCUACCGGACCAAUCCUCUCAGACCCAACAAAUCCGAACUUUGUCUUCUGUCCAAACGGCUACAUAUGUGAAUGCCCUGAGGGCUUCUUUGGCGACAAUUGUGAAGUGGAUGUUGAUGCCUGUGAGCCGAUGCCGUGUCAGAACGGAGGUAUGUGUGUGGAUGUGGUGGGUGGUCCUGGAUACACGUGUGUCUGCCCCUCUGGGUACACUGGCUUGGACUGUGACUCCGACAUAGACGAGUGUGCCUCCACCCCUGGCCUCUGUCGCAAUGGAGGAACUUGCACAAACGGUGAGGGCUACUACAACUGCAGCUGUCCGAAUGGUUUCCAAGGCACCAACUGUGAGAUAGAUAUCAACGAAUGCCUCACUGCCAACUGUGUUGAGAACAACACACUGUCAUGCUUGGACGGUCCCGGAAACUUCACCUGUCACUGUAGAUCGGGCUACACGGGAACUCUGUGCGAUGAAGAGGUGGACCUUUGCGAACCACACCCUUGUAACAAUGGGAACUGUACUAGGAGUUUCAAUGAUUUCAGUUGCUCUUGUUUCACUGGGUUCACUGGAGUGGAGUGUGAUAUGGACAUAGACUACUGCACCAGUCCCGACGUGUGUCUCAAUGGAGGGACCUGCGUGGAUGGGCUAACGACGUACACGUGUGAGUGUCCCUCGCUCUUCACCGGGCAGCAAUGUGAGACCUCGUUCAAUCCGUGUGAAGCAUUCCCUUGCGGUGGGGGUCAAGGGUGCGUCAUCGAGGACAACAGUUACAUCUGUGAGGACUGCACUAUUUUAGCGGAGAGUUCAACCACACCAUUCAGUGGGUGUACUCCAUCCAUCAUUGACCCGGGUGCUGCCAUAGGUACAGGCAACAAUACCACCCCUGACAACGUGAUCGUGAUUGGUGGAGUGGUUGGAGGGUUGGUGGGUGCCGUUCUCCUCCUACUGCUCGUUAUUGCCAUUAUUGUCUGCUGUGUCCGGUUCUGUGCCUGCUGUCUGUCCGUCAAAGAGACUGAGACAGAGUCCGACUAUCAGACACUUCCUCGGAACGCUGCCCAACAUAACCCUCUCUACCUCGGCACCAGCACGCUCCUUAGCAACGUAUCAGGAACUCUACGCUCUGCCUAUGGGACCACCACCCCCAGAGUCGAAAGCCCCACCCAUAGAAACGAUCCUACUUACGAACGACUCGGAGAUUCAUCUUCUUCAAAUGAAGACAACCUCGGCCCAUUACAGAAUCCCAUGUACGCACUCUCGCAAGUUGCCCUGGAGAAGAGUGGUGGAUACCAAGCACCAAAUGUUCCACCCAGAAACUCGAGCGGUGUGUAUUUGACCGAUAAUGUUUCGUAUCUCCCUGUUACAGGUGCUAGCAAUGGACACUACGAGACAAUACCUGCACUUCAAAAUGGCCAACAACCUGUCUUUGUGACGUCUGGAAAAUACGAUAGUCUAACAGAAAAAACUCCAGCCAAAGAGUCCUCUUUUAUAAAGUCUGGAAAGUACGAUAGUCUGGCACCUGCCCCACCCAUUAACAAGCAGAAGUCAGCUGGGAGCCUUGCUAGUACUGCUGAAGUGCCACCAUCCGUUGAAAAUCCGUACGUUCUUUCCCCCAGUCGUGGAGCUGCCCCUGAGCUAACAAUGGCCCCAAGUGUGAGGGGUGACGAUUACGCCAUGUUGCCCCCGAUGACUGCAUUUGCCUCGUUGAAGGAGGAAGCAAAAAGUGAGAAGAAAAAGAAGACUACACCACAGGAAACCGUCUCGGAACACGAGAUUCCCGCUGUUAAAGAGAACCCUUACGAGUUUAGCUAAACCCCUAAUGAACUAACAAUUAUUUUCAAGUUUGCAAAAUUAAUUUAUUUUACUUUUUACUCAGCAUGGCACAUUUUACAAUACAGUUACAAGCUCGAGUGCUGUAACAAGUUGGCCUUAAUUUUAAAUUUUACUGUCUUAAUUACUGUGUGUGUGUGUGUGUGUGUGUUACAAUUGCAUGUGUCUAUGUGUUGUGUGCAUGGCUAAAAAUUAUUAAAUAUUCAAGCAGUGCUGA